AAUUGUAGUUUGUAGUAACGAGUUGCUUGCAAUUGAAAGAAACCAAAGAUUUUCGCGGUAUUUUCAAUGAUCAAAUUCAUCUGUCGAUGACAAGCAAUAAUAAAUGACUUUUAAACUUGUGCAAGUAAUGUGUUUUUAUUAUAGAAAUGAUGAUAGAACAAACGACGAAAAGAAUAUUGCAACUGUGUAAAUAAAAACGACAAAAAUCAUCAAGCAACGCAAAUCAUGUCAAUUAUAACAUUUUAAUGUAUUAUUCUCCCUCAAAUUCAUUAUGGGAUUAUGCUCAGGACGUUGUUUUUCGCGAGAAAGCUUAAAUUUUACUUCCAUGGAAUCGGAUGGCCAAGACAUCAGCUUUAUGGAUUGUGACACAACGACUGAAAAUCAAACAUCGCCGUCGCCGUCAUUAUUUGGUAUAUUAAAAUUUAAAACGAAACAUCAUUCAAAGUUUUUGAAUCGAUUCUGGCGGCGACAUAAACGGCAACAGCAAUCGGCUGUAUCACAAACGGCCGUUGGCGGUCCAUCAUAUGCAAGACUGAAUACAUCACGUCGAAAUACUGUGUCAACACUUGAAAAUCAAAACUAUGGCAAAAUGGUUCUUCCAAAGGAUGUAAUACAGCUGCAAUGUCUCGAUGUUGGUUCAUUGUUGAAAAUGAACGAACGACGUGACUAUAAGCGGUUGCAAUGUGAUUCGCUAACAGAAGGAACUUUAUCAUUUGCCGGUUCAUCGUUGGACUUGGAAUGGGAGCAUGAAUACGAUGCAAUCGAACGGCAACAGAGUCAAGACGAGGCACAGAAUUCAUGGUAUAACUCUGACGAAGAGUCGUCGAGCAGUUCGAGCGAUGGAAAAGGUCAUUCAAUUGAAUUAUCACAAUUUUCAUCGCCAACAAAUCGAUUAAAUCGACAAAAUAAUAACUAUCAACCAAUCAGUAUGAAUACAAAUUCCAUGCGAUGGCACAGCCGACAAAGGAGAAAAAAUUUAAAUCGGUCUACGUCAACGACAAAACUUGAUCAUAACAUCAAAAUGAAAAAGACCAAAAAUUUGUCACACACAUCGACACCGGACUCACUGGAAUGGGACGUACAUGAAGACGACCAUAAAUUCAAAUCUGAAGAGGAUUCACUUGACCAAGAAACGGUGGAAUUGCUUAACGAAAUUGAAUGGCUCAAGAAUCGAGCACUCAUCGAAACCGGCGACACACAAUGGAACACAAAUACACAUCACGACGAAAGUUGAUUUUAAACUCAACGUCAAAUGAUCGAACAACAAACAAAACGAUUCAAUCAUUAAACAAUGAAAAUAGGCCGAAAUUUGACUUUCUUUUGCCUCAUUUUUAAAAAUAUGCUUUUAGUGAUUUUUUAAACAGCAAUAACAAAACAAAUAGAAACAAUCGCAAAUGAUUCGAUUGACUUUAUUUUUUAUGAUUAAUACAUAGUUCAAUUUAUGAAGGGAAAAACCAGCUAGCAAAUCGAUUAGAAAGUGCCUGAGUGUGAAAUUGGUUUAUUUUUCUUAUUAGCAAAGAUUUCAUUGUGAUGCGAUGUUUCCUCUGUUCAUGUUGAAUUAUUUAAUCUAUCUAUAUAAUUAGCUCAUUUAAGAACAUGUGAAAAGAGAAAACAAUGUUCCCAAUAUAUGUUAGCGUUUAUCUUUCUUCUUAACUUUACAUUAUUAGAAUAUAGAAGAUUCCUAUGUAGAAAAAUUAUAAAUCGCUUUUUAUU